CUGGUUGAAUUUCACGGCUGCUGUUUUUUUGCUCUGCUUCAUACCAAUCUCACAGCGGAUCAAUUCGGAGGAACAAAUCGGGACCUUAGAAGGUUAGAAUAUUCAGAAAUCAGUUCAAAAUAUUUUUUGUUUUCUAUUUGUAAAUGAUUGUUCUGUUGUAGUCAAGCUAAUGGCAUGGUAAUGUUAUUUUGUAGCAAUCCAUUCUCAAUGAAAGGAGUGGCCCAACGCUAGUAGCUAACUAUAGUAGCUUUUAGCUACACUAACGUUAAAUAUGUGUGCUAACGUUACCGUAGGUGGUUAGUUAACUAACGUUAAUUAUAUGGCUAGUUGUUGGCUAAUUUGCUCCGCUGGCUUGUUUGGCGGUAGCAAGACCGAUGCAUCGUUUUUGUGGUAAAUACAUGUCCAUCUAGCAGGGAUGUAAGUUAGCUUGUUAACUGAUUAUCUCUAGUGUAAGACUAACGUUAGUCAGCAACCGUGACCACUGGUUAGUUUAUAGAUAACUAGAAAGCUAAGUACAUCGAGUCUUUCUGCGUAAGCUAGUUACGUUUCCACUAGCUAGCGACCCAUCGAAUUUGACAGAUACCACGUCAACGCACGCAGGACGCGCGCACACCAUCCGUAUGUUGCCAGCGGGUGUAACCUCUGCGAGCUGGAUUACUACUGUAUCUGGUUAUUUUCUAAAGGCUGCAGUGUGUAAUAUGUUCGUUCUAGGUUUUUGGUGGAAUACUGCGCAGCAUCCGCUACUCUCUAUCGUUUAGCGCCAUCUUCAAGUCCCUCUUGCAUUCCUGGACUCCUAUUGUUUUUAACCCGUCCGUGACGAAUCAAGCUAAGGUUACACACUAAAGAAUAAACAAUGGAUAAAGCGGAGCUUAUUCAGAAGGCCAAGUUGGCGGAGCAAGCCGAGCGCUACGAUGACAUGGCCGCCUCGAUGAAGGAGGUAACGGAACAGGGGGGCGAGCUGUCAAACGAGGAGAGGAACCUGCUAUCUGUCGCAUACAAGAACGUGGUCGGAGCACGGCGGUCGGCAUGGAGGGUCAUCUCCAGCAUCGGACAGAAGACGGAGGGAAGCGACAAGAAGCUCGCAAUGGUCAACGAAUACCGGGAGAAGGUGGAGGGCGAGCUGAGAGAUAUCUGCAACGAUGUACUGGAACUGCUGAAUAAAUAUUUAAUUGAGAACUCCACAAAUGCUGAAAGCAAAGUCUUCUAUCUUAAGAUGAAGGGCGACUACUAUAGAUACCUUGCCGAAGUCGCCUCUGGGGAUGACAAAACAGCAACCAUAGAGCACUCUCAGGAGGCGUACCAGCAGGCAUUUGACAUCAGCAAGAAGGAGAUGGACCCCACGCAUCCCAUCCGCCUGGGCCUGGCCCUCAACUUCUCAGUCUUCUUCUACGAGAUCCUCAACUCUCCAGAGAAAGCCUGCUCACUGGCCAAACAGGCAUUUGAUGACGCCAUUGCAGAGCUGGACAAACUGAACGAGGAGUCAUACAAAGACAGCACUCUCAUCAUGCAGCUGCUCAGAGACAACCUGACAUUAUGGACAUCCGACAACGCGCCUGAGGAAGGCGAGGCUGGAGAAGCUGGCGAAGCCGGAGAGAACGAGAACUGAAACUCACAGGGUCAUCUCUCUCUCAAAAAAAAACCUUUUUACACAUCUCCAUUCCUGUAUUGCUCCACUUAAAGUCUUUUAGCAAUGAAACCCAUUACUGAACAAAAGCUGCAUGUGGAAAUUCCAAAAUAAUUUGACUUUUCACGCUGCAGCUUUUGUGCAAAUAAAAUAAAGAAAAAUAUUGAUUGGGGGGGGGGGGGUGAAACCUCCAUUCCUUGGUUUGUUUGUCCUGACCUUCCAUACGUGCAGUUUCUCCUGUUAGAAAAGUAUUAAUAGCUUCUUUUUAUCAAUGUUUUAGUCCAAAUUAGAGGAAAAAAUAAGCCAUUCUAGGGCUUUUUGCUGAGCUACUAAAUCUUAGUCCCAUCAAAACACAAGGGGAGUUAAGAUGUUAGAACAGGGGUGUCUGUUAAGCAAAUUCAAUGAAUUGUUCCCUCACCCUCCAUAGGCUUGUUCUCUAUUUCUCCACAUGGAUAUCCUGUAUGGUUACAGCUGCUGACAUCCUCCACACGGUUAUCUUGUAUGGUUACAGCUGCUGACAUCCUCCACACGGUUACCUUGUAUGGUUACAGCUGCUGACAUUGCUGCAGGGAGGGCCAGUCAAUGAGCUGGCACCAAGUAUCACAGCCAGGUGAUUUCCAUUGGUUCUGAAAAUGUUUUUCCUCGCUCCCCCCUGGUUAUGGAAUUCACAAUAAAGCAUGUCUGGUUGAAGAGAAGAGGUGGAGGCUUUCUGAAGACCAAAACAAAAAGAAAUACUCCUACAUGCAUGUAAUUGAAUGGUACACUGGAAUGGGAACCAAUGCGCUAUACACACCAAGUCCAAAUGUCAAAUUUAGUACUUUUCAAUGCAGGUUUGUGCACGUGUUAAUUAACAAGGGUGUUUGGUUAGUCCAGUGAUUUGUCAUUAGAUUUGGACCACUAUGUUUUUGCUAAUCAUCGAUUGUAGUUCCCAAAAGCCUCGUGGAAAUGUUAAUUCCCUAUGUUUCAGCUAUGUAACAUGAAUAAAAAUGAAAUUUUAUAAACUCA